AUGGCGUCCAAUCGACUGGAGGGCUCAGAUUUGCCGGAGGUUUACGAAAGAGAUAACCUGCCGGAGGUUUACCAGGGGCACAGAUAUGAGGAAGGAUUACAGGCAGUCGAACCUGAACCACCCAAGAUCGAACCAGCAAGCACCGAAGCUGGAAGUAGCGAGAAAGCACCAGAACCCUUUUGGACGAGGAAAAAGAUCUGGAUCGCAGCUGGAGUAGCAGCGCUGAUCGUUAUUGGAGUUGUCGUUGGCACCACGGUCGGCGUUAUCACCAGUCGGAAGGGAACAAGCAGUGAUGAGUCGGAAAGCCAGCAAACGGGAACCGACAUGGCUUUGACCGCUACAACAACGGCAUUUCCUACUCCGAGUGCGGUGGCGACGACAUGUCACGCAUCAAUAUGUCCAGCGGUUCUAGCCGCUGCCCAACCUUCCUCUGAUCCGAAAGCCUUCUUCCUCUUCGGCCGCGGUGCCGACGCUGCAAUAUGGUAUCGCGAAUCGGACGGUGAAAAAUGGCUGAAGGAUUGGGCAUCUUUGGGUGGCGAGUUUCAGAGCCAACCAGCGGCGGUUUCGAUCCGCGAGGGUCGAAUUGACGUAUUUGGUAUCGAUGCGAAUGAUAAGAUGCGCACGAAGUCAUAUCAAAACUCGGCCUGGGAAUCUUCCUGGGCAGAUCUUGGCGGAGGAUGCCACGCUGCACCAGCAGUAUGCUCAAUGCGAGAAGGGAGGCUGGACCUUUUUACCCUGUCGUCGACUCACCAGCUCGCUCACAAGUUCUACGAGAAUGGGCAGUGGGAUUCGCCAGAAUCUGGAGGAGGCUGGGACCGCUCUAACGGGUAUGUCGCGAGCUCUCUGGCAGCUACUUGCCGAGGAAACAACCUUAUGGACGUGACUGUAUAUGGAAAUCAGAAAGCCCCAUUCAAGGUAGCCUCAAAGAGUUGGAAUGGAUCGGCUUUUGAGGAUUGGAGUACACUGGCGGGCAGUUUUCAAAACGAUCCGUCAACUAUCGCGAUGACGGAGAAUCGAACAGACUUUUUAGGCCUAGACGGUGACAAGGCCAUGGUUUAUCUAUCAUGGGGUGACGGAGCAACCAUGGGCAAGCUUAAAUCAACCGCCAUUGGGGGUGAGGCUCAAUCAGUGGCAGGUUUGGUUUCCCCAAGCAGUGGAAGGUUGGAUGCCUUUGCAGUUGGGAAUGAUUCCAAGCUCAAACACAAAGCGCUCGUUGGCUCGGAAUGGGGUUCCCAAUGGGACGAUCUAGGAGGCGCGUUCAAUUCGGCCCCUCUGGCCCUCUCAACCGGGAAUGACUCACUUUUGGUAUUUGGGAUUGGGCCCGAAGGAAAGGUUAUUCAUACCAAGUUGCAGGUUGUCUCGGAAAACUCUUUGAAUGCCUCCAACUGGUUCAGCGAUGGAGGCUCUCUUUCUACCCAGUGGUUUAGAGAAGGACCGGCAUAG